CGUCAAGUUUACACCGAUUCACGCCGCUGCUUGGAUUCUACCUGUACUUACGGCCUAUUUUCUGCGAUUUCUAGCGCGUUAUAUUCUGGAUUAUGCGGUUAUAGAUUUAGAAUUGUUCCCCCCCCUUCGUUUAUUAUUAUUCGCUUCCAGGAGACCCUGAAGUCGGCAUGACAAGAGUCCGUUCUUGUGGUAGCCUCGCGGCUGCACAGCUUUCCCUUGCGCAUCGCGGGGCUUUAAACGUACCAAGAACUCCAGUUGCUCGCCGGCUAGGAGCUGCUUCUGCAUGUUUGCAAUGUGGACAACAAGCCCGCAGGUUUAACCAUGUUGGUUCUCCCCGGAUUGUCGCAUCGCGGGCGAGGGGCAUCCGCCAGAUACGGCCUGCAGUCUUCAUCGGGGGCCAGAGGAGAAGCUUAUCCUCUAACCCUGACCCGAACCCAGAAGACCACGGGCCCUUAGCAGAAUACGACGACCGAGUACAGGCCGGAAGGUUACGAGACGACGACCACCAAAGGGGAAUUAUCCAAAGUUUACAGCAUCUCCAUGACGAACUGAGGAAUUAUAAAGCGCCGCCGGUUAUCCACCCAACUAUCGAGUCUCUGCAACCCCCGCCGCCGAAAGGAAUGUUUACUCGCAUGUUUGGCAAGAAAGAGGAGGAGAAGCCGAAGCAAGAGAUCACACCCGACCUCCCGCGCGGACUAUACCUGUACGGCGACGUCGGCAGCGGGAAGACCAUGCUGAUGGAUCUAUUUUAUGAUACCCUCCCAAUGGGCGUGGCCUCGAAGACGCGGAUUCACUUUCACAACUUCAUGCAGGAUGUUCAUAAGAGGCUCCAUGUCAUGAAGAUGACCCAUGGGAAUGAUAUUGAUGGGAUUCCAUUUAUCGCUGCGGACAUUGCUGAGAAAGGCAAUGUUCUGUGCUUUGAUGAAUUCCAGUGCACUGAUGUGGCCGAUGCUAUGAUUCUGAGGAGGCUGCUCGAAUCUCUUAUGGCACAUGGCGUCGUGCUGGUAACCACAUCUAAUCGUCACCCUGACGAGCUUUACAAGAACGGAAUUCAGCGUGAAUCGUUUAUUCCGUGUAUCCGUCUCCUGAAGGACCGCCUCCAUGUCAUUAACCUCGACUCGCCCACCGAUUACCGCAAAAUUCCUCGUCCCCCGUCCGGCGUGUACCACUCGCCUCUCGAUGCGCACGCGCAAUCGCACGCCGACAAAUGGUUCAGAUUCCUUGGAAGCCCCACGGAUGAGCCACACUCGGAGAUACAGCAUGUCUGGGGCCGCGACAUUCAGGUCCCGAGAGUCAGCGGACGCGCUUGCAUGUUCACCUUUGACGAGCUCAUUGGCCGCCCAAAGAGUGCCGCUGAUUAUAUUGAGCUGGCGCAACAUUACGAUGCUUUCAUCAUUACUGAGGUCCCGGGCAUGAACCACAAGUCUCGCGACUUGGCUCGGCGGUUUAUCACAUUUAUCGAUGCUCUUUACGAGUCUCGCGCCAAGCUUGUGCUCACCACAGCCGUUCCGCUAGCGCAACUAUUCAUGUCCAAGGAAGAAGUUAAGGAGACUCUGACGAAGGGUGAUGAUAGUAAUGCCACUCCAAGCGGUGAGGCAGCGAUCGAUGACGUCUAUCGCAACUUGAUGGAUGAUUUGGGAAUGAGUAUGGAUAUGAUGAAGAACUCGAACAUAUUCUCUGGAGACGAAGAGAGAUUUGCUUUCGCGAGAGCUCUGAGUAGAUUGAGCGAGAUGGGGAGCCAAGACUGGGUGGAGAGAGGUAUGGGCUUGGAGGAGAAGGGUGGGAAGGAUGAGAAGGACAGUUGGCAGAGGGUUAGAAGUAAAUGGAGGGAGGAUAGCAUGUAAAUAUGUGAUCGCGACGUAGAGUUCGUGCUGUAUAUAGAUAGAAUCUUGCAUAGAUGAGCAAUGAAGUAUAUACCCAGG